CCAUUGCCAUAUUUCCCUUCCUUCGCCCAAAGAGACGUAGACAGAGGCACCGUCGUAGUAAUUACAUUGUCAUCAGCAGCCAAGCAGCAAUCGACCUGCGUCGCCGCUGCUGAUGAGUGCCGAAGACCCUGUUCACUCGUGAUCACGCCGCCAUGGACUCGACGGCCAUCCUGAACCCCAUCGAGGAGGUGAAAAAGCUGCAGGAAAUGGUGCGACAACUGGAGCGCCAGAACGAGGAGCUGCGGAAGGGCGGCCCGAGUGGCGGCCUCGGCGAGAUGCAGGCGGCCAGACGGAGUGCCUCGGUCGACUCCCUGGUCGCCCUGGGCGACGACUGUUCGGACACCGAACAGACCUGGCUGUUCCGCAGCUCCCAAUUCGACGCCGCGGCCUCUGACCCUGAUCUUGACCUGUGGCUCCUGCAACUUCGGAGACAACUGGAUCGGGAACAACAGCAGUUGCAGAGAAACGCGGCCGCUGCCGACGCCGAGGACGUUGCCCCCAAACAACUGACAGAGCAGCGCCAGUUCGACACUCGCACAUUCACGCGGCCCAAAAAGCGCCUUCUUCCCCUCUCGGUGGCCAAAUCAAUGAACAGUAGCAGAAAUUCCUCUCAGGAAAACCUGUUGAUGGAACAGCAUAGUCGACAGCCUCGGGAGAGUAGCCUGCCCAGACACAAUUUGGACUCGACUUUCCAACUGCAUAGGGCGGAGGGCAGGAGCACGCCUGACAGAUUAUCCAACGGAAGGUUGACACCAUCGGGUUUGCCGAGAAGAAGUGUCGAAUCACAACUCAAUAGGACUUUUAACUUAGAUCAGUCUCACCAUAAUGAUCACCUAGAAGAAGAUCAAAUUAGUAGUGCCUCAGAUUCGAGCUUCUCGAGUAGCCACAGAGCUGCCCUGACAGCAGGAGAGGUCAAGACUCUUGCCAGAAUGCAGGAAGAAAGUCUGAAGUACAGCUCAACUCCCUACCAUAUCGAGAGCCGUGUUCUGUCACCCGAUUUGCCUUCCCCCAUCACCCGUAGCACCGAGGACUUCCAAUCUGAUCAUAGCUCCAGAAGUUCGAUGGUUGGCGAUUCACUUCAUUCCAGUCCCUCCGGAAGUCCAUACGGCUCAAAUCAGGCCCUUACUAAAGUGCCAGAUGGGAUGCUUAUUGGAAGUAACGAAACCCUCGACAGACCGCCUAGGCUCCUUAAGCAACGGGUGGAGGUAAGCGGUUUGGCCAGGCCGGUGCUCAACGGAAGAUCUCGGGGGUCGUCUCUAAUAAAGCCGCAGUGCCUGGUGCGUCCCGUGAUCAGUUCAGGCGAGAGCGGUAUUCCCCGGCCACAGGGGGUCUCAAGAAUUUCAAGAAUCCCGGCUCCUAGGACCAGGCUGUAAGUUUGUUUCUGCAAACUUCCUCAAAUUCAAGUUAUAUCCCGAAAGCUCCAAAAACUCAGGAGUGGAUGGACGGCUGUUACUAAUGGGCAAUAUCAAGUACAACUUACAAACCGCUUGAAAGACUGCAGACCACAACUCUGGCAGGUCUGAUUUGAUUGCCGAAUUUACUAGGGCCUUGUAAUUGUCCGCGCGCUUCUUAGAGAAAUCUGAAAAUUUUAACGCCCAAAGGUGCCAAAAAGAAAAUUGGAUCAAUAGGAAGUAGUUUUGGUAAUGUUUUGAAACUUUUAGGGUGCUUUGUUGAAUUAUAUGUAAACUGCGAGUUAAAAAGAAAACCUAUUGAUCAUUUGUUAGCCUGCAGUUUUUAAACAAAAUUUUCUCUGUGUUAUGCUCACAAAGAGCUGUCCUAUUUUAGUGAAGAAUUGUUCACUUUUUACAACAAUUUUGGCAAUGGUGACUGUUUUUGUACUCAAGAUUUCUGGACCGUUUUUUCUGUCUUUUGAGAAAUCGUCACAGUUCCUGUGCUUAUUCUUGUUUCCCAGCAACUCUUCUAUGGGUGCUUUUAGCCUUUGUUUUGGGCGAGAUUGUACGUACAUAAGCAAAUUGAGAGUUCAGCCUUAAUAUUUUUAAUAAUACUGAUUAACCGGAAUGCUCACACAGCGCGGGAGAAGAAACAAAACAUGAUGUAUUUUUAUAUGAGGAUAAGCACGCUGCUUUGCAGUCAUCUAACGCUAAGAUGUGUUUGAAGAAUAAUUAUUAAUGAAGUGAUCAUGCCAGAUUUAUUGUUCGGAAAACAGUAUUUUGAAAUUACCUAAUUUAUUGAACAUUUGUACUUUUAAGUUAAAACAAAAAUAAUAAAUUAAAUAAUUUUUUAAACCCUUA